CGUAUUAACAGAUUCAGGGAAGAGGACAGAAUAGAAUUCGGCAGUCUAUUAUGAGGACACACCAAAUCGGACGCAAUCUCCAAGUUAACGUGUUGGAAACAGAAACUUGGUUUCUUAUCGUCUCUGUGCAUUGGAUGUACGACUUCGUGUCGAGUUGGCCUCGCUUCCAGAAAAGGUGUUGCUGGUCGCUAGUUCUUCGAACUCAAUCCAAAAAGCUACCAAGCAAGUCCUCAACCAGUGGCAUUCACGACUUCGUAACUCGCGUUCGAUUCAUUACACUCCUUUGAAGCUUUGGUCUGCAAAAUGCUCGACAGACUCGUUGGACUCGGCAUGCUCAUCGCCGCUUCAGUCGUCUUUCUCUACUACACAAUCUGGACACUAUUAAUGCCGUUUGUCGAUUCGGAUCAUCCUCUUCAGAACGUCUUUCCUCCUCGUGUCUGGGCUAUUCGCAUCCCCGUCAUUCUCAUUCUCUUGGGGUCGGCUGUAGUGGGUUCGUUCUUGAGUGUGGUAAUGAUUCAAAGCAACAGGAAGAAGGCUGCUAAAGCGAAGGCUGCUGGGAAGAAGAAGGCAUAGGGAGCUCGCUCGUGGUCUGGCGUCAUACUUGCAAACUCGGUGGAUCAAACGCAGAAAUCUUUGCAGCUACGAGCAUGGCAAAAAGUCUACAUAAGGCUGCAAGAUAUGAGGAGUCAUUGACGGAGUGGCAUGUUGUCGGACAAAAUGUGUAUACACAUAUAUCUAUUACGAGGCACUCUCCCAGCGGGGAUGCGACGCUUUGACCUUACAGCUCUCUUCUUGUGCUAUCGAAUUGUAACAUUAAAGCACAAUUAUGUGUGAUGCAAUAAAAGGUCUCUGCAUUUGCGGGGUCAUCAC